GGGAUAUACUGCGGACAUGUUACCGACCUGACACGACGCGCUCGAUCGAGAAUCCAGACUCGGAAACUUCGCAGACGUCCGUGCUUGACAACUGUGCGAUUGGCGCGUUUGACAUAAUCGUCCGCAUGCUGUGAAUGUGAGAUGAACGAUAAGGUUCGGGGCUUCGUUGGUGUCAAAGAUCCUGGGAUUUCGGCGACCUGCGGUAGUCCGCGUCGGAUGGGUUCUCAAGCUGUUCUCUUUUCUGAUCGGGGUGACCUGGACAUCGGCGUUGCGAUUCGCUCGGUGCACGGUCCUCGGGACGGAGGAGACGUGUCGAUGAAGCGUCAAAUGGUCGAGAACCGUCGGCAAGCUCUUCGUGCGUUGGGCAACGGUCCCAGCAUGCUUGAUGAUGCUACGAGUGAACACGACCACUCCCAACGCCUGCGUUCUGCCGUAGACGGGACCAUGCCUCGUGCAGAUGAGCGGAGGGUCCCACACCGUCCGAUUUAGGACUUGUUCACUCCACGGCAGGUCCGCGCUACGAUCUUCCAAAUCUCCGAACGACCGGACCGCUGCAGCGUGCAAAGGACCUGUAUGUAUAGAUUCUUGACUGCAUCCUGUCGAGAUGCUUCGCUACCGUCGAACAUGCCCUACAAUGAAUUGAUCCCCGUGUUGCUUCCGC